AUUAUCAGCCAUAAACAAGGUUUUGACCAUUGGAUGUUGGGUGAGGGAGGGAAUGUAAGUCAAGUAACAGUGAAAAACUCAAUUCAGUUCCCCCAGGUUCAUUCACUGAGCAUUAAUUCAGCUUGUGUCUGGUGUAAAAGUCUGCAUGGAAACAUGGCACGUCUCCUGGUGCGACUUUCUUCUGUACUUUACAAUGGAGCUUCCACACAGUCGGUUUUGUCUAAGAGCCGGGCUCUGCUGAACCGACCACUAGGCACAGCAACAGAUCUUCUUUCUUUGACACGUUAUGAUGAGUGUGUGGACUGGAAGAAGAAACUAACUCCAGAACAGUAUGUAGUCACUAGAGAGAAAGGGACUGAGGUGCCAUUCAGUGGAAUCUAUCUGAACCAUAAUGAUGUGGGCAUGUAUCACUGUGUGUGCUGCGACACACCACUCUUCAGCUCUGAAUCAAAAUACAACUCUGGAACGGGGUGGCCAUCUUUCUUUGAGGCUCAUGGGACAUGGGAGAGAGACGAGAGUCAUGCCAACAUCAUCCGCAGACCUGAUAACUCGUUAGGAAGCCCGGGAACAGAAGUCAUCUGCAAACAGUGUGAUGCCCAUCUCGGCCAUGUGUUCGAUGACGGCCCGGAUCCAACAGGCCAGAGAUUCUGCAUAAACAGCGCAGCUCUGAACUUCAAGCCCAGAGAAAACUAAUUCAAUCUCAUAGACAAACACAUUUCUCAUUUCCCAUCCACAGCUGCAAGUGAUCAGAGUCUGAAUGAAUUGUGGAGAACUGGAUGUCACCGACAUGCUGAUAUCUGAGAACGAAUAUGUGCUUCAGUCAGACUGGUUUAAUUAUGCCCUUUUCUGUCUAUGUUUAAUGCAUUUUUACCUUCCUGGGUCUGUCAGAAGUGAUUUAAAGAACAAAUGAACGCAGGAAUGUUCAAGAUCUCAUGUUCUGCUUUUAGUCAUAAUUCAAACAGAACAUGUCUUUUCUAAACUUUUUGGCUAAAAAGCCCUGGCAUUGCUUUAUGUAGAAAAAAGGGAAGGUAUUCAGGGUCACUAGACAUGUCACGACCAUUUUUUCCAACUUUCCAGCAUGGCUGCUGUUGACGGACUGGAAAAUGAUGUAUAUAACAGUGAAAGAGGUCAAAAGGUUAGAAUUAUGUUUACAAUUUUACCCUUUUUGUUCUGCUCAAUUAAUGGUAUUUAAUGGGCUGCGAUUCCACAGGGUCCUGAGGUGCCUACAAAUUGUAAAAUAAAGCUAACUAUCAACAUAACAACAUUGCAUUAAAGUCUGGGAGAAAUUAAAUAUUGCAAUAAAUUG